GUCACCUAUGUCUUCAACCACCUGGCGGCCCAGCACGAUUCCUGGACGAUUGUAGGGGUUGCUGCCCUCAUCUUGCUCCUGGUCGCCCUGCUGGCUCGUGUCCUCGUCAAAAGAAAACCACCCCGGGACCCCCUGUUCUAUGGUGUCCUCUUGGAGAGAGCACUUGGGCAGUGCUGCUGAGAUCCAUAACACAGACGAAGGUCCUUUUGUGCAGGAGGGACCUUCUGUUACUCCAUCUUGACAAGGCCCACGGUGUCUUCUGGAAAAGAUUAAAAACAAGUCAUUGUUUUUGUGUAUGCAGUUUUCGGAUUCACCAGCGUGGUGAACCUCAUCAUAGGACUGGAACAGGAUGGAAUCAUUGACGGGUUCAUGACGCACUACUUGAGAGAGGGUGAGCCGUAUCUGAACACUGCGUACGGGCACAUGAUCUGCUACUGGGAUGGCUCUGCUCAUUAUCUGAUGUAUCUGGUGAUGGUGGCAGCCAUAGCCUGGGAGGAAAGUUAUAGAACCAUUGGCCUCUACUGGGUUGGAUCUAUUAUUAUGAGCAUUGUUGUUUUUGUGCCAGGAAACAUUGUGGGGAAGUAUGGAACUCGUAUUUGCCCUGCUUUUUUCUUAAGCAUACCAUAUACUUGUCUUCCUGUCUGGGCUGGUUUCAGAAUCUAUAAUCAGCCAUCAGAAAAUUAUAAUUAUCCCUCAAAGGUUGUUCAAGAAGUCCAAGCAAAGGACCUGCUGAGAAGACCAUUUGAUUUAAUGUUGGUCGUGUGUCUCCUCCUGGCAACUGGAUUUUGUCUGUUUAGAGGCUUGAUUGCUUUGGAUUGCCCAGCUGAGCUCUGCCGAUUUUAUACACAAUUUCAGGAGCCCUACCUAAAGGAUCCUGCUGCUUAUCCUAAAAUCCAGAUGCUGGCAUAUCUGUUCUAUUCUGUCCCUUACUUUGUGAUCGCGCUUUAUGGCUUAGUGGUUCCUGGCUGCUCCUGGAUGCCUGACAUAACACUGAUACAUGCUGGAGGUCUAGCUCAGGCUCAGUUUGCUCACAUCGGUGCUUCUCUUCAUGCUAGAACUGCUUAUGUCUACAGAGUCCCCGAAGAAGCGAAAACCCUUUUUCUAGCAUUAAACAUAGCAUAUGGAAUUCUUCCUCAGCUCUUGGCCUAUCGCUGUAUCUACAAACCAGAGUUCUUUAUAAAAACAAAGGCAGAUGAAAAAGUCGAAUAAAAUAUUAUUUCAUGUUUCUCCUCUCUAGAUUACUGACUUGUUAUCCUGGUACUGAUAAUUUGUCCCAUUUCACUCCCUCCUGAAACGGGGAUACUUCAGCAUAUACAAAUUCUUGCUCUGCACUGUAUAUGUGAGCUCUCAUAUGGUAUUGUGUGGGUAAAUUUCUUUUUUUGAAGGAAGAGUGAAGUUGAGAAACAGUUUGUUUAAAGAAAUAUAUUCAAAAUUAUUUGUGAAUAAACUUGACCAUCUAUUUCAAUAUUCUGUUUGCACAUAUUAAAUAUAACUGUAAACAAUUACAAUUUAGCUCCUACAAUAGUGAGCAUGAGAAUGAACCUAUCCAAAAGUGAAUAUGGCCUAUGCAUAUUAAAAAAUUCAAAACAGCAAAUACAUACUGGAGAGAUACUUUUUGCAUAUAAGAUAUAUAUGCAUCAUUAUCAACCUCAAUAUAAAAAGCAAAUCAUCACAAUAUUUUAAAAUGUUAUUUGAAAAAUGUUUUCCCAAGGAAAGUAUGAUUAUUUACUGCUGUUUUAAAAAUUGCUUUUAAGAAAACUUUUUUUGUGAGUCUAAAUAGCUAAGGAGGGAUUGGUAACUUUAUCAUUACCCUUAAUGAAUACUUGUUUUAUUGGUGACUGGAAAUAUUUCUAUUGUAUUUCUGUGUAUUUUUUAAUAAAUCUUUGGGGCCUUUUAUGAAAA